ACACGUUCGAGAUAGGGGAGGGUUCGGUUUGGGAGAGGAGGGUUGGAGACCAAGCCCAAGUCCUAGCCAAAGUUUGUAGGCAUUGCGCCUCUACAAAGGCGAAGUGGGGCAGGGCCACGGGCGGAGUUUUAAGCCCAGUCUCAGGGGUUUUGUCUGGGAUUGAGCAGGAAGGGACUUGGGGGCAGGUCCCGCACUGCUUUUGACAGCUUUCUAUUUGUCAGCCGCAACUGAGUUCGGUGGGUUCGGAAAUCUGUACCCCUCUCUCUGCGCGUUCCAGUUCCCCCCUCCCCACCCAGACCCAAGCCAACCCGUGGCUCUGGCCCUGGCCAUGAAGCGCAUCUUCUCCUGCUCCAGCUCACAGGUGGCGGUGGAGAGAUGGAACAACCGUGAUCAGAAACUGCUGGAGGCAGUGCAGCAGGGGGAUGUGGGACGCGUGGCUGCCCUGGCUUCCAGGAAGUCUGCCCAACCCACCAAGCUAGACUCCAACGGCCAGUCCCCGUUUCAUCUGGCAGCCUCCAAAGGCUUAACAGAAUGUUUGACUAUACUGCUUGCUAAUGGAGCUGACAUCAAUAGCAAGAAUGAGGAUGGAAGCACCGCCCUGCACUUGGCUACCAUCUCCUGCCAGCCACAGUGUGUCAAGGUCCUGCUCCAGCAUGGUGCCAAUGAAGAUGCUGUGGAUGCAGAAAAUCGUAGUCCAUUGCACUGGGCAGCCUCCUCUGGCUGUGCCUCAAGUGUGCUCCUGCUGUGUGACCAUGAAGCCUUUUUGGAUGUCCUAGAUAAUGAUGGACGUACACCCUUGAUGAUUGCCUCACUGAGUGGUCAUGCGGCUAUCUGCUCACAGCUACUGCAGAGAGGUGCUCAAGUUAAUGUUACAGACAAGGCUGACAAAUCGGCUCUGAUCCUGGCCUGUGAAAAAGGCAGUGCUGAAGUGGCUGAACUACUCCUGAGCCAUGGAGCCGAUGUGGGAGUGGUGGAUAGCAUGGAGCAUGAUGCUCUGUAUUAUGCUCUGCGCACACAAGACAAAGCACUGUGGAAGCUGGUACAGCAGGCCCUGAACUGGCGGAGGGGAGAUCAGGAGCUAGUUCAAUAUCCAGAUGUUGCAUCUAAGGCCUCUCCAUCUGAGCCUCAGGUGGGUUCUCUACCUAAGAGUUCAUGGAGAGGAGAGCCCAAGGAGGAGCAGGAAGGAGAGAAUCAUGGAGGCACAUGCUCAGAGGCAUGGAGGUGGAAGUAUGAAGAUGAGCAGAGGAAAGUUUCUCAGUUGGGGCAGGAGCUGGUACAAAAGACAGAAGAGUGUAAGGCUCAAUCUGCAGCCUACCCGGACCUGAAGAACCAGAUUCGAGAACAUGUGCUGGAGCUGGGGCUCCUCCUUGCCCAAGAGCCCACAGCUUCAGAAGGGCAGAGUUCUAGUAUCCAUCCUGAAGAAGAUGGCAUGGAGAAGGGUUGUGUCCUGGACCUGCUGGCUGAGCACAUACAUGACUUAAAGAAGCAGCAGCAGGCAGUAACCACAGCCACAGCCACAACCUCAGCCAACACAGUAUUAGCGUCCAAGAAGACUGAGGAUUCAGCCCAAGGGCAGAUCCAUUAUGAAACCCAUGGUUGGCCCCAACCAGAAGAACAGGGGCCACCCCAGAGCCCAGUGUGUGAGAUCAUGAGGAAUGCCACAGGACAGCAACUGAUCACCAACGGUGGACACGCCCUUAGCUCUGAUCAUACUGACCAGCCACAUGUUGGCCAGAAGGAGAGGUCACAGGCCCUAGGGUCUGAACCAACAGACACAGUGGCUGAAUUAGUGGGCAUAGCAGCCAUGAACCAGCUCCUGCUACAACUGAGGGAGGAGUUGGCUGCAGUGUGGCAAGAAAAGGAUGCUGCCCUGGGGUCUUUGUCAAGACCAGUCCUAGAGGUAGCUCUGGGGACACCCAGAGCUGAGGCUGCAGCAGCUGCCUGGGAGAAGAUGGAGGCCAGGUUGGAGCAGGUGCUAGUGAGGCUGGAUCGGGCAAAGGCAGGACUACAAGGGAAACCUGUGGCCCCUGCCCAGGAGCCCAGAGAAGGAGCACCAAAGGCAGGCUCAGAAACCAUCACCAAAAAGGAUGAAGGGAGGGAGAAAAGGGCUCCUGGGGCCCACAGGGAGCCUCUAAAAGCCCCUGUCAGAGAACAGAUGCCUGGAGGAGGACUGGCAAAGGGACCACUGGAGAAGGAGGUGUCAGCACUGAGACUGAGCAACAGGCACUUGCUAGAGGAGUUGAAGGAGCUGGGGCGGGAGCGGCAGCAGUUGCAAGGGAAGCUGCAGUCCCUGAGCCAGCGGCUGCAACAGGAGUUUGUGCCCAAGCCAGAGGUGCAGGUCCAGCUCCAGCAAUUACAGCAGAGUGUGGGGCUGCUGACAGAUGAACUGGUGAUGGAGAAGGAGGCCAGUGAGAAGUUGCAGAAGCACCUGGCCUCCCAAAACAGUGGCCUCCGAGGCCUGUGGGACUGCUUUCCCCCAGAGCUGGUGGGCAAAGUGAGUGCUGGGUGCACAGGUACUGAAUCCCCGGAGGAGCUACAGGCCCACAUCAGCACCUUGGUAUCCAGGCACCGUGAGGCCCAGCAGGUGAUGACUAGGUUGGAGGAGGAAAACCAGUGGCUGCAGGGACCCUCUGCCCCACAUAGGGAGCCAGGCACCACCUCAAAGGUGCCAGCAUCCCCAGAAGUGGCUGCUUUAGAGCAAGACCUCAGGAAGCUCAAGGAAGAGCUGGGGGCCGUUCAGGCUACAAUGAGUGGGAAGAGCCAGGAGAUCAGGAAGCUGAAGAAACUGCUUUACCAGGCAACAGAGGAAGUGGCUGAGCUGAGGGCCAGGGAGGCGGCCAGUCUGCGGCAGCACGAGAGAACUCGGGGCUCGCUGGUGGCCCAGGCCCAAGCUUGGGGUCAGGAGCUAAAGGCUAUGCUAGAAAAGUAUAACACUGCCUGCCAGGAAAUGGGCCGGCUGCAGGAGGCUGUGGCCAAGGAGCGUCGCAGGAGUGGAGACCUGGCUGCCAGGGCCACAGAGCAAGAGCGCCAGGCCAGCGAGAUGCAUGGGUACUCAGAACAGUUUGAGGAAACAGUGGAGCUGCUGAAAGAAAAGAUGGAGCAUCUUUUGGGGACUUGCCAGGACAAGGAUGCCAAGAUCAAGGAAUUGUUAAAGAAGUUGGAACAGCUUUCAGAGGAAGUCCUAGCAGUUCGAGGAGAAAAUGCUCGCCUUGCCCUCCAGCUGCAGGAUUCCCAGAAGAACCACGAAGAGAUCAUCUCUACCUAUAGGAACCAUCUGUUGAAUGCUGCUCAGGGCAACAUGGAACAAGAUGUAUACAGUAUCCUACUGCGAAUCCUCAGCAUGCAGGAGGAGUGAGGCAGCAUGGGCCAUGAAGGGUCUGGGAUUCCUCCCUUGUAAGUUGUGAACUCAGGCUGACAAGGGAGGGAGCUUGGAAGAAAGGACUUUGGAAAGGUGGCUUAAGGUUGGGAACUGUAAUCUCCUUUUGCCCCAAGUGGUAGCUGCGCGUGGGCCAUAGAGCAUUUGAAGUGAAUUGAGAAGUCACAAUUUGGGGAAUCACUGGGUGGAGUCAGGAAUCACUGAACAGUUAGACUAACGGGGGCUGAGAUGGGAUGGAGACUGAAAAGAGAAGUUGAGUGACUCUUUUACAGUCUGGGGUAGACUGUAAACAUAAGGAUGAACACUGGGAUACCAGUGAAUGAUGAGUGAUGGCAGGACAGUGGUACAAAGUUGUUUCCUAGGGUGGGACUCUACAAACUCCAGAAUCUCUCCUCUACUCCCAUACCAAUCAUUCAAUGAAUAGUUUUCUACUCUUCUUCUUCCCACCCCUAUGUCCAUGACCAUCUUCUCAGGCCAGAUACAUGAGGAUCCCCUUUAGCAUUUUGGCAUGGGUAGGAGGAGUCUGAGGAUAUGG